CUAGAAGAGCUACUCCAUUUUUUUAGCUCCCCCACUUACUGGAAAUUGUCACAGCACGCAGAAAUCUGGGCAAGGUAUCGAUAAGCUUCAACAGGUUAAGCAUGAACUUCAACUAUGAAACUUUAGAAAAAGCCACUGAUUACUUCAGCCUGUCGAAGAAGCUAGGCCAAGGAGGAGCUGACACAGUUUUCAUUGGAUCUCUUCCCAAUAACCAAACCGUGGCAGUGAAGCGGUUGAUCUUCAACACAAGCCAAUGGGUGGAGGAGUUCUUUAACGAGGUGAAUUUGAUCAGCGGAAUUCAACACAAGAACCUCGUUAAGCUGCUCGGUUGCAGUAUUGAAGGACCCGAAAGCCUGCUGGUCUACGCGGGUGCUCUGCCUGGACGAGGCCACGACGGGGCUGGACAGCGCCGCUGCGUUCUUCGUCGUGGAAGCCCUCCGCAACGUCGUCCGCGAUGGCGGCGACGGGAGGAUCGUGGUUUGCUUCCCGCAAGUCUCGUUUUCUAAAAAAUAAAGAAAUUAGGCUUUUUUAUUUUUUAAUGAAUGUAAUAAUGAGGUGGAAAAUAUAAAAGUUUAUUUUUUUAUUUUUAAUAAUUUUUUAGUUGCCACGUCACUAAGUUAACGGUCAACUUUUAGAGUUAACUGCCACAUCAGUAAAAGUUAACGGAGUUGGACGGAGAGUGACCAAACAUGAACGGUUUCAGUAAAUUGAAGUACCACCAAUGGAUUUAAAUAUUUCUAGUGACCAAACUUGAACGUUUUUUUGUACUCUCAGUGACCAACCAUGCAAUUAACCCAAAUUUUUAUAUGAUCUACAAAUAACUUCAAUUUAGUUCGUUAUAAAGCGAAAAAUGCAAGUCUAUCAAUAAUAUCAUCACACGAACGGGACUUUCGAGUAUUAUUAUGGUAGAAAAAAUAAUACCACAAUGAUUUCAGUUUUACUGCAUCAAGGUACGAAAAAUAUCUAGAUCGUAGAAGUUUCACACCAUAUUGGUGUAAUUAUGUAUCAUGGUCGUAAAGGAACCUAACACGUGACCGCGACCAUGCUUUUAGAAAGAUAAUAUUUUAUUUUAAAGGGUUAAUACCUUAGUUUGGCCCGAACUAUACACAAACUUUCUACUUUGGCCCGUGCUUUCCGAAAUUGCUAUCAUGACCUGAACUAUGUACUAUACUUCCUAACUUGGCCUGGAGUCGGGUUUGACCGUUAGUCAAGUGCCGGCUAACUUGCCACAUCAGCGAACAUGGAAUAAAAAAAUUUAUUUUUUGUUUCCAUAUUCAUUUUCUUUUCUAAUAAUAAUAACAAACAAAAAAAAUAAUAAUAAAUAACCUAAUUUAUCCCCUUUUUCCCUGAAACAAAACCCAUUCUCCUUCCUAUUCUUCGCCGACGGCGGCAACCAAGCUCUUCUCUUUCCCUUUCUUCAGCAGGUGCGGAAGAAAAUCCACCUCUCAAAUAAAUAAACAAAAUCCCCAAUUUUUUCACCAUUGUUAACUCUGCAUCUGCUUAAUUCCCUUCCCUUGUCACCCAUCAAGAUUACUUCCCACAAUCCAUCAGACCGUAAAUCCAGGCACCAAUCCGAUGACGACUUUGGCGGCGGCGGAGGAAAACAAGGAUGUCGUCGUUUGAGGAGCAGAUGUUUCCGUCGAAGCUGCAGAAGUUCAAGAUCGACCGGAGCAGCCAUCAUCACGCGAUGAACCGACAGUUCCACCGGUGCUUCUUCUCCACUAGCAUGAUGUUCCUGUGGGCGCUAUUCUUGAUCGCUUUGACAGUCAUACCUGAGCUUUGAGAGCUUUGUCGAUUCCGGGAGCACGUAGUUCACGACGUCGUGGGGCGGGAUCCAGUGGGAGAAUCAGUUGUUGAAUUCGGCCCAGAUCCACCGCGGCGGCGGGAUGUCGGUGGUAGUCACCGACGCGGCCAGGUUGCCGGUGUCGAAGGAGAAUGGGAAGGAGGAUGGGUUUGGUUUCGGGCGGGUUGCCGAUGUCGGAGGAGAUUGGGAAGGAGGAUGGGUUUGGUUUCGGGCGGGUUGCCGAUGUCGGAGGAGAUUGGGAAGGAGGAUAGGUUUGGUUUCGGGGAAGAAGGGGAUAAAUUGGGUUACUUAAUUAUUUAUGUUUAUUAUUAUUAAAAAAGAAAAUUAAUACAGAAACAAAAAAUGAAUUUUUUUAUUCCAUGCUCGCUGACUUGACAAGUGAGCUAGUCAUUGACUAACGGUCAACGGAGUUGACCGUCCAAUUUGACGGUCAAACGGGGCUCCGGGCCAAAUUAGGAAGUAUGGUACAUAGUUCAGACCAGGAUAGCAAUUUCGGAAACUACGCGCCAAACUAAGGUAUUAACCCUAUUUUAAACCAUAUUAGAAUGAAUAUUAUUGUCUAAA